AUGAAGCCCGCCGUUCCAGCGCUGCUGACCGAGGAGGACAUGGCCGAAGUAAAGAAGGAUGCUUUAGAAAAUCUGAGGGUGUAUUUAUGUGAAAAAAUCACAGCCGAGAGACAUUUUGAUUACCUACGUGCAAAGAAAGUACUCACUAGAGAGGACACCGAAGAAAUUUCUUGCAGAAUAUCAAGUAAAAAAAGAGCCGGUAAACUGUUGGACUACUUACAGGAAAACCCAAAGGGACUUGAUCUGGUUGAAUCUAUACAACGAGAGAAAACACAGAGUUUCCUGAUAGAGAAGAUCACAGAUGAAGUGCAGAAGCUAAAGCUUAUCAAACUUGAGCGUCUGCAAGGAUGGAACCUGAGUAGCUAUAUGCCUCUUACACCUGGAGCAACAAGUGGGCCGUCUAGAUUAGAUUUUAAUGAGUGCAAUUUUUCUGACAAAUUGAAAGAUGGAGAUGCCACCGUUGUUUACCAUCCAACAAGAGAGCCCAGCACAGCCUCCUUUCAUUCCAGCGAUGUUGUAGAGGUAAGCAGAACCGAAAAUAGUGUAUUCUCAACUCCCCUUCCUAGAUCUGAAGACUCUGGGGCACCUCCUCUUCCACUACAACCACAGUCAGAAGAAGGAAAUUCCAGGGAUAUGUUUAUUCCCGUGAGAUCACGUUCUUUUUGCUGA